AUAAUUAAAAAAUUCCUGAAGAUUUACUUUUUUUCAUCUCCAAUGGCUUCCAUUAUUGCUAUUUUUUCAUUUUGAAUUUCAAAUUUAAAUGGGGUUAUUGUAUUUCCCCUUUUUUUAAUAGUUGAGAGAAAGGGCUUUUGCCAAAGGAAACAUUUUUGCAAACAUGGGGGACUCAACGUGUCUCAUGCAACCAUUUUCUUACACUGCAGGCCUUCCCAAUGAAGCCAAAGAGGGAAACCCAAUUCAUGGUCUUGGACAGUCAAUUUCAUUUGGCAGAUUCAUGUCUGAAUCUUUAGCUUGGGAAAAAUGGUCAACCUUUUCUCAUAACAAAUAUGUUGAAGAAGCUGAGAGAUAUGCUAGGCCUGGUUCAGUAGCUCAAAAAAAAGCUUUCUUUGAAGCUCAUUAUAAGACCCUUGCUGCUAGGAAAGCAGCUGCCUUGCUUGAACAAGCUAAUGCUGCUGCUGCCACUAAUGCUACUGAAAGUGAAGCUCAAAACCCAAACCCUCAAAUGGCAGAAACUGGCUCCAUUUAUGAUUGUAAAGAGAAUAAUUCAGAAUUUGUGAAGGUUCAAAGCAGCUCAGUUGAUGAACCCCAAGUUCUUUUGGAGAAUAAUAUGAAAAAUGAAGCAUUUGAAAAGAAUGGGGUGGUUGUUGAUAAGGCUGAAAUUACAGAUUUAGAGGUUAAAGAAACAACCCAAGUGAAGAACAAUUGUGUUAAAGUUAACCAGUCAAGACUACUUGGAGAUGACAAAGAAUUGGAGCUUAGUGAAGGGACUCAAAUGGAGAAACCUCUACUUAAGGGUGGCAAAACAAAUGAAGAUGAAUUUGAGGUAACGAGCAGGAUGAAACCUUCCCAAUCUUCUUCAAAGGUGUUUGCUAAUGCAAGAACAUCCAAGAUGCCAUCUUCACCUGCAAAAUUCAAAGCUCCUCUUCGACCCAACAAUGGAAACAAUCUCACUCCAAUGACCAAGAAGUCUGCAAUGGACAUAUCUGAAAGAAAGAGAUCAACACCAAAAUCAAGUCACAAGUCAAUCAACUUCACCCAUGCAAAAGAAUUCAGUAAAUUUACUUCCACUAUCAUCAGAAAGAUUGAUGGUUCAAGAAUUGAUUCAAAUUCUAAAGCAUCUAAAGACUGUCCUACACCUUUAAGGACUCCGAACCAGGUGUCUAUAAGUGGAAAACUGAAACAAUCCUCGGCCACCCCCUGGUCUGAAAACCAAAGUGCUAGAACACCAGUUAAUUCCUCAGCCAGUGUCAGCAAAACAGCUCGUGGAAAAUGGAACUUUCUUCAUACAGAUUGUUCAAAGAUUUUGACUGCCUGCAGAAACAAAUCACAGUCACCUGGUAUAUUUGCAUCUUUCAACUUGAGAACUGAAGAAAGAGCUGCUAGAAGAAAACAGAGGCUUGAAGAGAAAUUCAAUGUUAUUCAGGAGCAAAAAGUACAACAGCAAACAACACUCAAGGACAAAGCAGGGACCGAAUUCAAGAAACUACGACAAAGCUUUUGCUUCAAGGCAAGACCAUUGCCGGAUUUUUAUAAAGAAAGAACACCUAAAGAUCAGAUUCAAAAGGUUCCAUUGACAAAACCUGAAUCACCUGGCAUAGGAAGAAAAUCUACUCCCUGCAAAGCAAGCAUUGUUGAAAGCAAAAGCUCUGUUCCUCCCCAUCGGAAGUCUUCAAUUAAGAACAGUUGCUUCAUGCAUGUCUCAGAAAAGAAAAACCGAACUUCAGCUCGUUCUCUUGCUUCACGAAUUGCAAUGUCUGCUCAUGAGAACACAUCUCCAAAUAUCCAGCAUAAGGUUUGACUAAAUUGUAGAAUUUGGCAUGUCCAUUGUAUGAAUCCCACAAUACUACUCAAUGCCGGGAAUUGGAUGAAAUGGAGAGGCUGUACAACAAAAGAAACUACUCCUAAAGCUUAGCAAAUUCAUAUUAGUAGAGUACUAUUUAGUUACAUAUUGUCAAAACUUGUUCCUUCGAACGUAUUCGAAUGUUGAUAUGAGAUAUGAUUCUUCAAAAA